GCGUCUUCCAAUAGGACCGUGCGAGGGGCGGGGCUUCAGUGUUUACUGCCUUAUUCACCGUUAGUCGAUGGGAUUGUUGUUGACAAGAUGGAGUUCUUGCUAGGAAAUCCGUACGGUACUCCGGUGGGACAGUGCAUUGAAAAAGCCACAGAUGGCUCCUUACAGAGUGAAGACUGGACUUUAAAUAUGGAGAUAUGUGACAUCAUCAAUGAAACAGAAGAUGGGCCUAAGGAUGCCAUAAGGGCUGUCAAAAAGAGACUUAAUGGGAAUAAGAAUUAUAGAGAAGUGAUGCUGACCUUGACUGUUCUUGAGACAUGUGUGAAGAACUGUGGUUAUCGCUUCCAUGCUCUCGUCACCACCCGGGACUUCAUUGAUGGAGUUCUGGUUAAGGUCAUUUCUCCUAAAAACAACCCCCCAGCCAUCGUUCAGGACAAAGUACUUGCCCUUAUACAGGCUUGGGCUGAUGCUUUCAGGAGUAGUCCCGAUUUGACAGGCGUGGUCCAUGUCUAUGAGGAAAUGAAGAGAAAAGGCAUAGAGUUCCCAAGGUCAGACCUGGAGACCUUAUCACCUAUCCACACACCACAGCGGUUGCAGAGUAGCUCAGAGGGGGAUCCCAAACCCAAUGCUCCAGCUCAGCCAAAACCUGUCCAUGCCUACUCCGCUCCUCCUGUCCACACCUCCCCUCAGGUUCCCAGCUUGCACAUGUCUGGAUCCAUCAACCCCACUCCAGAACAGAUUUCUAGGCUGCGCAGUGAGCUGGAUAUUGUGCGUGGGAACACCAAGGUGAUGUCUGAGAUGUUAACAGAAAUGGUGCCUGGCCAAGAGGAUCCAUCUGACCAUGAGCUUCUUCAAGAGCUGAACAGAACCUGCAGGGCCAUGCAGCAGAGGAUAGUAGAGCUCAUCUCCCGUGUGUCCAAUGAGGAGGUCACAGAGGAACUGCUCCACGUCAACGAUGACCUCAACAACAUCUUUUUGCGAUAUGAGAGAUAUGAGAGGUUCCGUUCUGGUCGAUCUGUUCAUGGUGUCAAUAAUGGGGUCCUGAGUGAGGCCACAGACGACAACCUGAUUGACCUUGGGCCAGGUUCUCCUGCAGUGGUGAGCCCCAGGAUCAGUGGUACUCCUCCCUCCAGCCUGCCGGCUUCAGUAGCCCCUGCUCGCUCUGCUUCACCUGCCACACUCUCCUCUCGACUGGCAGGUCUGGAUGUAGGAGCUGACAGUGUCAGUGGCACUCUGAGUUCUCUAAGUCGCUGUCAGCCAGUGUCAGAUGACUUUGACAUGUUUGCCCAGACCAGGAGCGGCACCCUGGCUGACCAAAGGAAGAAUCCACCUUUUGAAGACACACAGGCUGCAAGUGGAGCAGCUCCUACACUUGAGCUUAGACAACAGAACUCUGGAGGGUUCGCUCUUGCCCAGUCCUCUGUCAUGGAUGACAUUGAGGAAUGGCUCUGUACUGAUGUGAAAGGAGAUGAAGGAGAAGAAGGGGUGACAAGUGAAGAAUUUGAUAAGUUUUUGGAGGAGAGGGCUAAAGCUGCAGAAAUGGUCCCCACACUUCCACUGGCGCCGAGUGCAGAUCCGACCAGUGCAGCUGACUCAGCUGUAAAUGCUGGUAAAAAGCCUGAUCGCUCUGAAGACUCCCUGUUUGUCUUGUAGAAGGAUUUUGGGACUAUUGGGUGUGUGUUCAGCCUCCUGUGUGUGGUAAGUAGGUGGUGCUGCAGACACAGUGGCCCCCUGUCCUUCCUCUGCUUCCCGCAUUACUACACAAUCAACACUAUGGCGGCUGCCUCCUAUGCAGUUUGUUUUCGCAGACUGGUUUUGUGAACGGAUCCUAAAGACAGACAUUUUCAUGAGCUUCAGACAUUCAUUUAUUUAAAAAAAAAAAAAAAACAUAUCACAAUUCAACUCUAUGAAUGUAAGAGGUCACUGAUAUUUUGUUAAUGAAGCACAUGCCAGGAACUAGAAAACUUAACAAGAAGAUAAUUUUAGCAAUUUCUUUAAAUGUCAGAAAUGGAUUUUUUUUUUUUUUUUUGUAAUUUUCUUUGGGCCUAGAUUAUUUAAAUUGUUAUUCCACACCUCAGUAGCACACAAACCUUAUGGCUAGGGGGAAUUAAAAAAUUUUACUAAUUUCUUUCUAUCUAGAAAAAGUUUCACUCUAAUAACAGUAAAGUCAGAUUUAUCUAUUGUAUUAUCUAUUAAAUGAAAACGAACAGAAGAAGGAUUAGUUAGGUUUUUAUAGUGUAUGUGAAUUGCAGUACAUGAACUUGGGAGACUGGUUCAUUUGAUAUCGGUUACAUGAGCUCUGGUUUUUGGUCUACCUCGCGAAGCAGUGAGAAAGGGAAAAGGAUGCAGAAGUGAUGGUUCAGCAAAAGAUCUCUUAAGUGUAGUGAUUGAUGAAGUGAGAGUUUGUUUUUUGCACUGCCUCAGGAUAAUGCAUGUCAUUAAUUUAGAUGUGAGACCUGUUUGAGAAAUCACAAAGGGAUAGAGCGUUAAUAUGUAUAUUUAGUAUCAUUUGCACUGAAGCAGUCUUUUAGGCUGUGCAGAUGGAGCUUUUGUUCAAAUGCAAAUCUUAGCUGUCGUUCAUUGAAAUGCUGCCUGUUAUAUGAGACAUAUUCCAAGUAAAUAGAGUUCAAAGCUGGUGGUGACUGCAAGGCAGGUUAAAUUGGAUUUUUCCCUCGCACAACUACUGUAGAAGUGAUGUCAAGCUCAGUGCUGUUACUAGGAAAUGAAAUGGAUCUGCCUUAAUGACCAGAAGUCAUAAGUAGCUAACAUGUACCUAUUUGGUAAAAUUUUAAAUUCUGUAACUUGAAUAUUCUGUUUGAUACAUUUGAGUGUUUUCGUGUUGUGUAACUCACAGAUGUGUGCUGUUUUAAUGGACCAAACUGCAUAUAUCUGAUUAUAGGUGUCCAGAAGAAUAGCUUGUAUCAGGGUUGUCUCCAUGGGGAAUUAAAAGAUGGCUACUUGUCUCAAAAUGCGUGAUGCUUCCCAGACAUCAUGGCAAAACCAGACCUGCAAAUCUGUACACGUUUUGAGCAGGAGCACCACGUUUUAACAUCAGAGAAUGCUGCUGUGAGUUAUCACCCAAAACUACGCAAAAAGAGCAAUCUUAUUAUUCAAAAAUGGCGUGGCACUUUCUCGUCACGGUAAAUGGAGAAUGUUCAUUAAAAUAUAAAAUGUUAAACAAAAUCUAUCAAUGUAUCUUUGACUUGGUUAACAUUAGACAAGUAUGUAUUUAACAUCAGUUAACUAUAUUUGUUAGGGAUGCCACAGAAAGAUUUUGGACAAAAAUAAUCAAAAACAGCACUUCUUCGGCUGAAAGAGAGAAAAAAAAAACCCAGGUCAAACCAAAAAAUAGGCCAGUUGUCUGCAUUUCUUUCAGUCACCGUUCUUAUGUCAUUCAACAGCUGACCUGUGAGGUGCACAAAAUUGAAAUAUGUUAUAGCUAACUAUUGCUAGCUAAAGCAUUUUAAUGAUAACUAGCUUACAAACCAACAAAAUAACAAACUUCCUGUAAUCUAUCAAACUACUUAGCAAGCAGGAAAUCUAGCCCAGGUGGUUGUUUCUUGUUUGUAUUUUUAUCAUGAUUUAUGAACACCAAUUUCAUUAAAUGUUAAGCAUAGGAAUUACAAGUCAUAAAAUCAGAAAAACAAACAAACACAACCACACAAAACAACAAAAAGGGUGAUGUAGAAUAGCUCACAUUAAUAAAAUACCUACCUAUACAAUUACCAUGUCCAUACAAUUACCAUACAAUACUAUACAAUACUAUACAAUACUAUAGUAAUUGUAUAGACAACAUGUCUGUACAAUUACCAUAAUCUCUAGACACCUAGAUAAAGAUAUAAAAGGAUGAAAAACAAUGCUAAUAUAGGUAACUAGUAAACUAGCACAGGCACUUUAAAAUGUUAUAUUUCAAUACUUUCACUAGUAAACAUGGAUAUUUCACAUUUUACAGGUAUGAAGUUGGUUUGUUUGUGAAGGACAGAACAGCCAUAGUUAGAAGAAAUUAAGACACAGCAUAUCUAAAUAAAGGUUUCCUAAAUUAAAUCCUGUUAAAUUCUGAUUUUACAUCCCAUACAUUAUUUAUUUAAAUUACACUGUAGACUGUUGUGGCUUCUCAGAUACGGCUUAUGUCUAAAAAGUGAUUUCAUAGUAAUGAAGAAUAUAUUUCUUUUAAUUUAAUUACAGACAUCCAGAACAGAGUACUCCACACUUGCCUGCUUUGACAGAUUGUCAUCUUUGCCUCAUUUUGAGUCAGGAAAAAUCCUGUGUAAUGUAUGUAUAGACUGCAUGUUAACUGUAUUUGUUGUGUGUGCUGAGUGGAUAGACCACAGAGAGAUAUUGAAAACACUAAUUUAAUAAAUAACCUCCAUAAAUUCUGCACUCGCAAAGGCAGGUGACAUCUGAACAGUCCAGUUGUCCUGGACGCACAUGUGGUUCUCCUGGACACACAAUCUGGAACUUUAUAACAAGUAAAUUCUGGUAGCUUAAAGUGAAUGGCUUGUAAGCAAAGGUGAUGUUAGCAGUGAAAGAGACAGGGCUGACAGAUUUGUUCGAAAUGUUUUUCACUGCUCAGUUUUUUUUUUUAGCUUCACAGUGCUCAGUUUUGGUAAGGAGGUCUGUUGUAACAGAAUAGUGGUUUCUGACAUUUGUAGAAUUUAGUUACGUAGAAUCCGUUAAAAAAAAAUGCCAGCCUUGGUGAGAUUAAUGGAAAGUCAGUGGCAAAUGUUGAGUAGUCAGUAGGUGUGAGAAAUUCUUGGAAAAAAUUUUAGAUUUUAUGAGUAAUUUUAUUUUAAUGAGCAAUUUUUAUUUCAUUUUGUGAGUUAUUUUUGGAGCAAUUUUAUGUUCAAUUUAGAAGAAUGGAAUACAUUAUUUGUUUUUUUCACUAUCACACAAAUCACUAAUCAGCAACAGAUGAUAAUGAAUUCCUAUAUAAAGGACUCAUUUUAAGGUACCUCAUGAAUACUUUUAAGGUAUCUCAUGAAUACUUAAUUUCUGAACUCAUGUAAUUUCCUCAGUGAUGCUAAAAUCCUGGUCUAUGAGGAAAUCUUUUAUGAACAUAUAGCAACACUAAUUCCCUUUGUUAAAUCUAAUAUGUGCAAUUUUUGUGUAUGGAUAUUUUUAUGGGUAGAAUAACACUCAUCAGCUUCUGCACUUCAUCAAUUGUCUUUACAUUUCAGUGUGAUUGAGAGUGUAACGUACUCUGUGGUCUAAAUGUGGAGAAUGUAGGACUGAGUGAUUUUAUUUUUAUUUCAUAAUGUCAGUAUUGGGAUGGUAAAACUGAAUGCAGUGAUCAACUUCACAGCUUUUGACUUUUUAUUUGUGUGAUUUUAAUGCUUGUGUUAAUAGAAACCUGAGUGUGUUUGUGUUUUGCUUUUGUAAGCUGUUCAGACCCUUUUGCACCUCAUGGUUCAAUGAUCAUGACCACGACUAUCAGUUUAAAGAUAAAUACAAAUUAUUGACUUGACUGCGAUUGAAAAUAUGUAAGAGUUGCUUAAAUGAUCACACACAGUGGUCAGUGAUGCUCUUUUUACUUAACGUGGGAAGGAAUUUCUUCAAAAUCAGCGCAUCCUCAUAGCAUUUUCAUAUACAUAUAUGAGUAGUACUUUUCUUUGUCUGGAUAUGUAUUUGAAGUGUUAUGUAUCUGUGUGAGCAUUCUCCCAUUCCCGCUGCAGGAAAUGUUCAUUUUAUGGAGAGAAAGGAGAACAAGAAAAGAGAUCUCGAGUGCAUUGUAUUCAAGCGCGUGUGAGGCACGGCUAAACCGUACACUGUUGUGUACUGAUGUGCUGGUCUGUGUGCUUACUUGUUGUUAUACCUCAAGUUGCACUCUGUGCUCUUUGAUUCAUGCAUGUGCUAAUCUCCAAUAAAACAUACCAAGGUGGUGACCUUUCAUCAAA